CCAGAAGAAGGUAGGCUAUAUUGAAAAUGGCGGAAGCGGUGCUCUUCAACCUCGCCACGGACGUACUGGAACUGGCCAGUUCCAUCAUCGCUUCGGAGAUCCAGCUUGGAGGUGGAGCGAGAGAUGAGCUCGUACGUCUUAGGCAGACCGUUGAAAAGAUCCGAGCUGUGCUUUUGGAUGCCGAGAAGGAGCAAUGGCACGACGCCCGGGUGAAGCUCUGGCUCAGUAGGCUCAAGGACGUGCUGUACGACGUACAGGACUUGCUUGACGAUGUCGUAACACAAAAUCUAAGGGGAAAAGUCAAUUCCGGCGACAAGAUGUCGAAAAAGGUAAGUGUUUUCUUGUCCAAAUCAACACACCGCCUCAAAGUGGCUAAUAAGAUUAAGGAAAUUAGGAAGAGACUGGAUCAGAUUGCAAAUGAGAAGGACUUCUUCCAUUUAGAGCCGCAUCUGAGUGAGUCAACUAUUGCUACUGUGAGGAGGAGGAUGACUCACUCUUUUGUGCGCCAGGAAGAAAUUAUCGGUAGAGAAGAGGAUAAGAAGGAGAUCAUCGCCUAUUUGUUUGAUUCCUCCUCCGGAGAGAGUGUUUCGGUUGUUUCCAUCGUCGGUAUAGGAGGAAUUGGAAAAACAGCGGUUGCUAAGCUGGUAUACAACGACGACAAGGUGAAUGACUGUUUCAAGCUUAAGAUAUGGGUGUGUGUAUCUGACGUCUUUGAUGAGGAUUUGAUCAUCAAAGGAAUACUGAAAUCUGCCCCUGCCCUCGAUGAGUUUCAAGAGGAUCCUGAGAUGAUGAGAAAUCUUCAAGACAUCGAGAAUAAAUCUAAGGACCAGUUGCAGAGUCUCCUUCGUAAGGUACUAGAUGGGAAUAAAUACUUGCUUGUUUUGGAUGACUUAUGGAAUGAAGAUCGCCAGAGAUGGUUAGAGCUCCGACAUUUGCUAAUGGGUGGUUCAUGGGGAAGCAAGAUACUUGUAACCACUCGUAGCCACAAAGUUGCAAAGGUCACUAAUGCGAAUUCAGUUAUCCAUGUUCUACGUGGCUUAUCUGAAGAUAAGUCCUGGAACUUAUUCAGGAAAAUGGCUUUUAGAGAUUGGACAGAAUCAUUAGACCCGGAACUGGAGGAGAUGGGUCGAGAUAUAGUUACAAAAUGCACUGGGGUUCCCCUUGCCAUUAGAACUAUGGGAUACCUUUUGUACGGCAAAAAGAAGGAUAUAUGGCUUCGUUUCAAAGUGCAGGGAUUUCCAGAAAUACCAGAAAUUGAUGAUGGAAUUAUGCAAGUCCUCAAGCUCAGCUAUGAUCAUCUUCCGUCGCAGUUAAAACAUUGUUUUGCAUAUUGUGCGUUGUUCCCAAAAGAUUUUGUCUUUGAUAAACAAACAAUGAUACAACUCUGGAUGGCACAAGGCUUUAUUGACUCAUUGGAGGGGAACGAGGACCUAGAAGAGACCGGGGAUAGUUAUGUCUCAGAACUACUGAGUAGGUCCUUCCUCGAAGUUGAAGCGGUCGAUGAUUACACUGGUGAGGUGAAAAUGUUCAAGAUACACAAUCUCAUGCACGAUCUUGCCUUGAAAGUCGCAGGAGGCGAGUUGGAGAUGAUUAAUCGUAAUGAAGACUGGAUCAGUGGAGGAAUUCGACACGCAUCAUUUGUUUCACAAUCGUUCCCACUACAGAAAGUGAUGUCUCUACUCGAAGCAACCAAACUACGAACAUUUCUCUUUUUGAAAAGUAGAACAUCUGUACAGAACUUAUCCCCAAAAGAAUAUAAUAAGUUCCUCUCCAAGUUAACGCAUUGUCGAGCAUUGGAUUUGGGCUUUGCGGAUUUUUAUGUUACUCCUUCUUUGGGGAGUCAGUUGACGCACAUAAGAUUUCUUGAUGUUUCUGAAAACCAAUCCCUUGAGAGUUUGCCGAAUUCAAUGACGGAUUUGUUGAACUUGCAGACUCUUAAACUCUCUGGUUGCAAGAAUCUUUAA